AUGGCGGAGGUUGCGGAGGCCAGGAACGGCGAUGAUCGGAGUGACGGUAGCGAAUACGACGGGACGUCGGAGGACGAAGGGACGGAGGAUUAUCGCCGGGGAGGUUACCACGCCGUACGGAUCGGUGAUACAUUCAAGCAUGGCCGAUAUGUGGUGCAGAGCAAGCUCGGUUGGGGACAUUUUUCCACUGUUUGGCUUGCUUGGGAUACUCAAAAAUCUAGAUAUGUAGCUUUAAAAGUUCAAAAAAGCGCGCAGCAUUACACUGAGGCGGCAAUGGAUGAAAUCACAAUACUAAAACAGAUUGCUGAAGGAGAUCCAGAAGAUAAGAAGUGUGUAGUGAAAUUGUUGGAUAACUUUAAGCAUUCAGGUCCUAAUGGGCAGCACGUGUGUAUGGUCUUCGAGUACCUAGGUGAUAAUCUUCUGACACUUAUUAAAUACUCUGAUUAUCGGGGAAUUCCUCUUCACAUGGUCAAAGAAAUUUGCUUUCAUAUUUUGGUUGGUCUGGACUACUUGCAUCGCCAGCUUUCUAUCAUCCACACUGACCUGAAGCCAGAGAAUAUAUUAUUACUUUCCAUGAUUGAUCCAUCUAAAGAUCCAACAAAGUCAGGUGCACCUCUUAUUCUUCCAUCAAGUAAGAGUAAGGCUUUGGUGGAGCCAGAGGCUUCCAAAGAGUCUAAGAAUAUAAAUGGUGAUCUUACUAAAAAUCAGAAGAAGAAAAUACGUAAAAGAGCUAAGCGUGCUGCUCAAAGAUGUGCCGGGAAAGAAGCUGAGGAGGAAGUUGAUCAAGACAAUGAAGCAACUAGUCCUGAAAAUUCUUGUCAGGAAGGAAAUUCCAAUAUUGAAUCAACUGAGGAGCAGAGAAAUUCUUCAGCUGCUAAAGAGAAAUCAUCACUAUCUGAAGGAACUAAAGGUGGUCAUGAAGGGCGUAAACGGGGUAGCCGCACAACAAGGCAGAAGCUGCUUGCUGAGGCCGAUCUCAAGUGUAAAUUGGUAGAUUUUGGAAAUGCUUGUUGGACAUAUAAACAGUUCACCAGUGAUAUUCAGACAAGGCAAUAUAGGUGUCCCGAGGUCAUUCUUGGAUCAAAGUACUCGACAUCAGCUGAUCUAUGGUCUUUUGCUUGCAUAUGUUUUGAGCUGGCCACUGGAGAUGUUCUAUUUGAUCCUCAUAGUGGUGACAAUUAUGAUAGGGAUGAGGAUCACUUGGCCUUGAUGAUGGAGCUUCUCGGGAUGAUGCCACGGAAGAUUGCUUUAGGUGGUCGCUAUUCAAGGGAAUUUUUCAACAGAUUUGGAGAUCUAAGGCACAUUCGUAGAUUGCGGUUUUGGCCUCUCAGUAAGGUGCUUAUGGAAAAAUAUGAGUUUAAUGAGCGAGAUGCGACUGAAUUGGCUGACUUCUUACUACCAAUCCUUGAUUUUGUACCCGAUAAAAGACCUACAGCUGCACAGUGUCUGAGUCAUUCAUGGAUGAAUAACGUUCCUAGGCAUAUUGCACCAUCGUCUGGUAAAACUUCCAUCCCCGCACUGGAAAAUGGAAGUGCAAGGGAAAAGAAGAAAGAGAAAGAUGAGAGGGAGGCUAUGGAAGCAAGAGUUGGUAAUAUGAACAUUGAUGGAAGUUCAAAGCUCGACAAAGACCCUCCAACAGUUGUAAACCAACCAAAUAGUCAGAGUUGA